GGGGGGUGGAAUAGUGCCCCAUCGUUGGUGUCAGUGGGGGGGGGGGGAAUAGUGCCCCAUCGUUGGUGUCAGUGGGGGGGAGGAAUAGUGCCCCAUCAUUGGAGUCAGUGGGGGGGAGGAAUAUUGCCCCACCGUUGGUGUCAGUGGGGUGGAGGGUGAAAUAGUGCCCCAUCGUUGGUGUCAGUGAAGGGUGGAAUAGUGCCCCAUCAUUGGUGUCAGUGGGGGGAGGAAUAGUGUCCCAUCACUGGUGUCAGUGGAGGAAUAGUGCUUCUUCAUUGGUGUCAGUGGGGGGAAUAAUGCCCCAUCAU